AACAAUUGAUUACGUAACAUUCUCCCAUGAUGCUCUGCGCGAGCUCCUCACAAAAAGCCCAAUGAGUAGACCGAGGAGGAGCAGGCUGCCAGCCGAGGGGGGUAGCCGAAACCCGGGGACCUUUCUCGCUGCUGUCGUCCAAAUCGUGACAUUGUGACGGCAGCGAAUACGAAAACAAACGAACAACAACCACAAAAAGCACCAUAAAACAUGGUGCUCACUCCCAGAGAAGAUCUUCCGUUAGGCCCGUGACUGUCGGCAGGUUUGCCACCGCCUCUCCGGCGGGGAUUCCGCUGUCUUGAGUCCGUCCUGACACCGCCAGGCGAUGACAGCGGCUGCGGCCACUCCGCUGGUGAUGAGAGACCGGCUCCUACAGGCCAUCGACGGCCAGAGCAAUAUAUGCAACAUGGUGGUAGUUAUGGAGGUGAUCUCCUUUUUGGAGAAGUAUCCCAUCACCAAAGAGGCACUGGAGGAAACCCGUCUUGGGAAGCUUAUCAACGAUGUCAGGAAGAAGACCAAGAACGAGGACCUUGCAAAAAGAGCCAAGAAGCUCCUGCGAAACUGGCAGAAGCUAAUUGAACCAGGAAAGGGGGAGGUGCUGUCCAAAGGACACGGCGGUGCAUCGUGGUCUUCCAAUGGUGUCGCUCAUCCCUUCAUCUCCACUACAACUGCCACCAUACCAUCAGGUAAAACGGGUCCAGAGUUGAAGAACAGAAAUGACUUCAACAAUUGCUACUCUCCGCGGGUGGAGAAAACGAGCAACAGGAAACGUAAGGUUGACCAGAAAGAAGGACCGCUCAUACCAGCCAAGAUAUCCAAAACAACUCUUAAUGACAAAAUGCAAAACAUCAAACAGCUGGCAACCAAUGGAAUUGGUGGUAGCUCUGAGAUUACAGAUAGUCGUGCACAUCAGUCUCUGGACAGGGAGAUUUCUGAGCCUUUGGACAAUGACCGGGUAAAUAAAAUCCCAGUCAAUGCUGUAAAACCUCAUCCAAGUGCCCCAGGACACAUCAAGCCUCCCAGCACGUCUUCUCUGCUCAAAGCAUCAGUUUUGCAGCAACAAGCCAGACAGGAGAAGGCUUUCUCCGGGGGGCUGAAUCGACCCAGAAGCCCACGCUGUUCGUUGCACAGUAGUCCUCAAACUCCAAAGCAGGAAGCUGGUAUGAAAGCGACUGCGUCACCAGUACAGGCUCUUUCUAGCCCCGGUGUUCGGCCUGCAUCUGUGGAAACCUCUGGGAUGGAGCCUUCCAUCCAGCCUUUCAAUGCUUGUGUUCAGGGUUUGCACACAGGCUGUUCAGAUUUGGAUUCUCCAAGCAGGCCUCCCAGUACGUCUCUUCACAAGUCUUACGCCUCGUCCUGCAGUGAUGUGCGCAGAUUGGAAGAUGAAGAUGGGGAAGUUAGCAAAAUAGAGACCAGGAAAAGACAGAAAUAUAGAUCUAAGGAUCAUGUAAUGUCUUUAGAUGAACAGAACAUAGAUGAUGGCACUAAACCUGUCAGGUUAAAAGACAGGAGACUGACAUUUGACCCUGUAACAGGACAGAUAAAAUCCUUUCAAAAGGAGUCCAGCCAGGAGGAGGGGGUCCGACAGGUCCCCAGACCUGAGACCCAGCGGUCCGAGCAACCCAAGCAGACUCCACCGGUCCCCCCUAGUCCCUUCCAGCAGACGGACUGGAAGGAGCUGUCGAGGAGCGAUAUCAUCCAGUCGUACCUUAGCCAGCAAAGUAACGUGCUGACCUCGUCGGGCGCAAACACCCCGGGUGCACACUUUUUCAUGACAGAGUUCUUGAAAAAAGAGGAGCCCCGAAGUACAGAUUUCAAGCAAACACAUGUGUUGGCACCAGAACCCCCAGUCAUAGAUUUACCGGGGGUUAGCAGAGAGGUCAUCAAAGAGGACCUGACCAGAUUACACAAGCAACACUGGUCCGGGGUUAAUGGUUGCUACGACACAAAGGGUGCCUGGUAUGACUGGACAGAGUGCAUCUCUUUAGAUCUGCAUGGAGAUGAGAGCAGGUUGAACAUACUGCCAUACGUCUGUCUGGAUUAAAUCUGGGUAAGGUUUCUAAAUUGGAAGUUGUGAACUUCCUUCAGCGUUCAGCGGAGCAACUCUGCAAGCCUGAAGGCCCUUUUUUAAUUUCCGUGUAAGCUGCUGUUUUGCACCACUCAUCAAAGUGUGUGUGUGUGUGUGUGUGUGUGUGUGUGUGUGUGUGUGUGUGUGUGUGUGUGUGUGUGUGUGUGUGUGUGUGUGUGUGUGUGUGUGUGUGUGUGUGUGUGUGUGUGUGUGUGUGUGUGUGUGUGUGUGUGUCACGGGGAAUGGAAUCAGUGUUUUUAUGACAGUUUUUUAAACAUAGUGUUGGGACAGCACGAAGAACUGAGGCUAUGCAUUAGCAAAACAUUUAGUGUUGGCUGUUCAGUAACUGUACAGAAGGAGUUCCCAAUAGCCUGCCAUUCUUUAUAUUGGAGAGGACUGCACAUUACACUGCAGUUACAUUUUAUUCAUGUUAGGCUAUUAACGUGUCAUGUAGAAUGUGACGUUACCUAACUCUUACUUAUUGGAGCGGACAACCUACAGAUACAUCGACUAAUGAGGUUUUUGUUACCCUUGUGCAUCUUGAAGGCCAUUUGGCUGUUUAAGCUGAAGUGAAUGCUAUCUUCAAGGAGCUAUCAUCAUUACCAUUGGUACUAACAACUAUCUGUGAAAAACGUUUACCCAUUGCAAAGCAGUCUUGUCCAGCCACUUUUAGCUAACUAAUGACUGACAAAUAAUCUUUAAAAUAUUUAAGUAUUGCUCUUGUGUUUGAAUGCGAUGCAAUACAGUGCCAUGGAUCAGGUUUGGAAGGAUCAAGAAAGCCUGGUAUGGUGGUUGAAAAUGCACAUUGCUGAUAAUGAAAUGUGACUUUCAUGUAUGGUAUUUAUUUCCAUUUACAUAAUCAUUUUAAGAUUCUUUGUAUAGCCUGAACAUUAUUGAUUUAGUUUGAUUUAUUGGUCUAUAGAUACAGCAGUGAGAGUCCAACCUAAUGCUGCUGAUGCACCAAACUGCCGUACACAGGAAAAUUACACAUUCUGUAAUAUGACUUUUAUUUUAUACUUGCAUUUUCCCUUUACUGUUUAUUUAGGCUAUACAAUAUUAACUGAAAUGGCAGAGCAGUUAAUGCUACUUGCUUACAUCUUUGUACUGUCAGGAGGAACGAAGAUAGACGUUGACAUGCUGGAUAAAGUACUUAAUAUCAUUCCUGUAGAUAUUGUUUGCCUUAUGGAAACCUGGGUUUUCCCUAAAGACAGAGCCUUAGUGAAUGUACAGAAAUUAGCCUUUUGUGUUCCAUUGAAUGCAGAAGAGAACAUAUUUGCUACUUAGUCCUUUUUUAAGUGGACAUGUUAUGUGUUAAUUAAAAAAAAUGAAAUGAGUUUUA